AUGUCUACAUGUAGCAAACUCUAUUCAAUAUUAAAAUCACCUAACAAAUUGAAAAUACCAUCUGUUGACUCUCAUAUGGAUAAGAACCCCAUGGUCCCAGCUAAACGUCAACAUACGGAGGGUAUUCUGUGGCAAUGUUGGGAAUGUGGCAAAUCGUAUGAAUCUGGGUUUCAUCUUUCGGAACACCUUCAAAAUUGCAAGAAAGAUGAUGAAAUUUGUGAACAACUACCUGGUUGCCCUUUUUGUCCUCGUGUAAUUAAUCAGUCAAAUGAUGCUCCUUUUCAUAUCCAUUCAUUCAAUACACAUGUACAUAGAUUUCAUCCAGAAAUCAAGUCUUAUAUGUGCAGCUAUUGUUUGGAUUUAAUUCAUUCGUGCAAAAUUGAAGAUUUGGUAUCUCAUAUCAUCAACGUUCAUAAAAUACCUUGGAGGCCAUCACCAGCUUCUCUAGCACAUUUGCGAGAAAAUCAACUUCCUCAUCGAGUUGUUACUUGUUUAGGAUGUGGAUGGUGCACGUUUGUUUUGCGUGCUAAUAAUGCAGCACAACCACCUACCUCUUUAGAAGCUCAUAUGAAUCGAUGUUCAUUCAGUGGUGGUCAAUAUAAAGUUUUACAAGAAUCAGAGUUGAUUAGUACUACUUUUGCCCAAUCUUUUCCACACGUACGAGGAUUUACCGGUAAUUCUGGAUUAAGUAAUAGUCCAUUUCGUUUUCAUCGUUAUUCUGGUAACACUGCAUCUCGCGCAACGGAUAAUGUUGAUAAAACAUCAAAUACUAUGAGCAUCAGAUUUUCAACAAAAAGAAACAUUUUUGAUAUUCCAUUGACUAUUCCACCUCCGCCUCCAUCAUCACGUACUACUACUACUGGUCAAAUAAAGAAAAAACCUACUGUUGGUCGUUUAUUUGUAUGUCCAUUAUGUGGUGAUAAUGCAUUGUCUAGUUUACGUGAACGUGAUGAACAUUUACAAUCUUCACAUAAUGGUGAACUUGUUUUCCCCUGUCAGAUUUGCGGAAUGGCCUAUCCUCUUUACAUUGCCCUACGUCGACAUGCUGCACUUCAACAUGAUUCUGACUUUGAUACAGUUCGUUAUGGUCCAUCAGAUCUUUUGGAAUGUGAACCAAUUGAAUGUCCAGAAUGUCAUCUUGUAGCUUUUCAAGAUUCACUUGUAUUAAAACUUCACAUUAAUCGAGUACAUAAGAAAUUACAACAAAAUGUAACACUUACAUCUAAUGAUUCUCAUCCAGUUGAAGAUUUAGAAGUAUCUUCAAAACCGCCGAAAAUUAGCAAAACCAAAGCUACUAAUCUUUCAGUUCAAAAAAAGACUUCAUUAAAAACUACUCGCCGUCGAGAUACUACUGCGACUACUACAGUAAAUCGUUCACGAACUCAAUCGAAAAUUAGUAAGCCUAAAGUUAAACAUAAAUUAUCUAUUAUUGGUGGUGAAUCAGAAAUUCUCACUGCUAAUAAUAAUAAUCAUCCCAAUCGAUCAUCAUUAAAUGAUGUAUUAUUACAAGAUACUAAUAGUAGUGAAUUUGAACGUAUGUUAAGCUCAAUUGAUGGUAAAUCUGCUCCAGCUUCUUGUCGAUAUUGUCAUAUUGAAGUGGAUAAUUUAAAAGAAUUACAUCUUCAUUUGGAAUUAGAACAUUUAAAUCCUGAUAACGAUAUUGAACAACUUGGUUGUCAAGCAUGUGGUCGAGUUUUCUUUGGUUCAGGUGGACGAAUUGAUUUAAUUGGACAUUUACGUACACUUCAUCAAGAUGAUUUUCUUCAAAAUGUUUUAAAAUGUCCACGUGCUGAAAAAUUAGGACAAGAUAUUACUACAAUUAAUACUACUAAUAAUGAUGGUAAUGAUAAUACAUGUCAUGAAUCUAUUAAAUCAUGUAAAGCACAUUUCUCUUCACCACGUCUACGUCAAUUACAUAUAUCUAUAAAUUGCAGCAGAUCAAGUGGUAUUAUGAUAUUAGCAUUUUGUUGUCCUAAUUGUUCACGUUUAUUUGUUGGAGAUAAUGUGCAUACUAGAUUUGAAUCACAUCGUAGUACAUGUGAAGCGGCAGCAACAACAACAAGUGAUAAUAUGGAAGAGUCAAUACAUCCUAUAGAAUCAGAUCAAAGUGUUGUUUCUAGUCCAAAUAGUACUGAAGCUUCUGAUUUACCUUGUUCCAAUGUUGAUUUACCUUUAGAAUUCUUAGAAACUAUGAAAACAUCAAAUGAUAAAUGUGUUGUUACUGAAAGUCAAACAACAUAA